UAUCUCUCCAAGCUUCUUAUUUUUGGUUGAAAAGAUCUCCUCUCAAAAGCUUUUAAAAAGAUAUAAACAAGAGCGCCAAGUUCCCUGCAUAGCAAUGGCUUCCAUUCCUACCCCAUCACAUUCUAUUCAAACCACUAAUGCAUCAAGAACUAACUUCCCUUGUGUACCAAUAAAUAAACCAAUUCACAAGAAGUUACAUAUUUGCUUGAAUAAAUAUUCUCUUAGAGUAGAGUCUUGUAGCACUCCAAAGUAUAAUGACGUUGUGGUAGAUGAAGAAAUGGAUAUGAUUAGAAGGCUACAAAACGGAUCCGAUGUUCGUGGGGUUGCUUUGCAAGGUGAAAAAGGUCGAAGUGUGGAUCUUACUCCGCCUGCUGUUGAGGCAAUAGCAGAAAGUUUUGCUGAAUGGGUGAUUAAUGGAUUGGAGAAGGAGAAAGAUGUUAGGGUUUCUCUUGGAAAAGACCCUCGAAUUUCGGGUAAUAUGUUGAGUGUGGCUGUAUUUGCAGGACUUUCUAGAGCAGGUUGCGUGGUGUUUGACAUGGGACUUGCAACAACACCAGCUUGCUUCAUGAGCACUAUUCUUCCUCCAUUUGAAUAUGAUGCCUCAAUAAUGAUGACUGCAUCUCACUUACCCUACACUCGAAACGGUCUUAAAUUCUUCACGAAAAAGGGAGGUUUAACGUCACCAGAAGUGGAGGAAAUAUGCGACAAAGCAGCUCGAAAAUACGCAAACAGGUUUGCUAAAGUAUCAACGACACUGCAAAUAACGCCGACCAUGGUGGAUUUUAUGAGCGCUUACGCGGAGCAUCUCCGAGAUAUUAUAAAGGAAAGAGUGAACCACCCUUCCCAUUAUGACACUCCUCUCACAGGAUUUCAGAUUAUUGUUAAUGCGGGAAAUGGAUCAGGAGGGUUCUUUACAUGGGAUGUGUUAGACAAGCUGGGUGCAGAUACAUUUGGCUCUCUCCACCUAAAUCCAGAUGGAAUGUUCCCUAAUCACAUUCCUAACCCGGAGGACAAGACAGCCAUGGCUUUUACCAGAGCCGCGGUGCUAGAAAACAAGGCUGAUCUGGGCAUUGUUUUCGACACAGAUGUGGACCGGAGCGGCGUUGUGGACAGUAAAGGAAAUCCCAUUAAUGGUGACCGGCUCAUUGCACUUAUGUCAGCAAUUGUUCUCAAGGAACACCCUAGUACAACCAUUGUAACUGAUGCUCGCACGAGCAUGGCCUUAACUAAAUUUAUUACGAAUAAAGGAGGCCAACAUUGCUUGUAUAGAGUUGGUUAUAGGAAUGUGAUUGACAAGGGUGUCAAUCUUAACAAGGAUGGCAUUGAAACACAUCUCAUGAUGGAAACAAGUGGCCAUGGUGCUUUGAAAGAAAAUCACUUUCUUGAUGAUGGUGCAUACAUGGUAGUGAAAAUUAUAAUUGAAAUGGUAAGAAUGAAGCUUGAGGGAUCAGAAGGCGGCAUUGAAAGUCUUAUAGAAGAUCUUGAAGAACCAUUGGAGUCAGCAGAAGUCAGAAUGAUUGUUCUUUCUGAGCCUAGAAAUGCUAAGGCAAAAGCAGUUGAAGCCAUCGAAGCAUUCAGAACCCAUAUUGAGCAAGGAAGCUUACCAGGAUGGGAACUUGACGCCUGUGGAGACUGCUGGGUAAGUGAUGGUUGUCUUGUGGACACUAAUGAUGAUCCUGCUGCAAUUGAUGCUUUUAUGUACAGGGCCAAAGUUUCAGAUGAACAAAAUGGGGAACAUGGAUGGGUUCACCUUCGACAAAGUAUCCACAAUCCAAAUAUUGCUGUUAAUCUACAAUCCACGAUUCCUGGUGGAUGUCAAUUCAUGGCAAAAGUUCUAAGAGAUCGGUUUCUCUUGCCUAGCGGGAUGGAUAAAAUACUCGAUAUCAGUCAAGUCGAUAAGUAUGCUAGAAACGGAAAUCUAAGCUAAGAAUAUGCAUAAAGUAUGCUUAGAUUAAGAUUUGAGUUAUAUCAGUAAUGUACAAUACAAGAUUUUAGCUACGCCGUAUCCCGUGGAAAAAAAACGAAAAGAAAACGACAGAAGAAGAAGAAGAAAAAGGGCGUGACAGUGUAUUCUUCCGCAAUGGACUAAGGCUAUGCAAUCAAUUUACCCCUUAUACUUCUUGAAUCUCAUAUUCUUCCAUGCAUAAACUUUUAAGUUUGGUUGGCAAUACAUUCAAAGAGUUUCUUGCAAGAAGCAUAACGUUCUCUUUUUUUUUGUGAUUUAAUAACAAAAUUUGGGAAUUC